GGCUGUUCCACCAACCGCCCCUCAGGCGGCUGGGUCCGGCGUUGCCAUGGAUACUCGGGCGAGUGACGCAAUCUCUACGCGCGCUGCGCGGGCCGAUGACACAGUGGAUCCGUCUCCACGUCGCAUCAACAGCAGCCGGGGUAGCGAGGCCAAGAUGGCGGAGGCAGAGGAGAGUAGGUCUGGGGGAGCCGCGAAACCGCUGUUUGCAGGUCUCUCAGAUGUGUCAAUAUCAGAAGAUAUUCCAGUGGAAGGGGAGAUCACAGUUCCUGUUGGAUCUCACUCCCCUGAUGAAGACUACUCCACAUUGGAUGAACCUGUUAAAGAUACUAUUAUGCGAGAUCUAAAGGCAGUUGGAAAGAAAUUUGUGCAUGUCAUGUAUCCCAAAAAGAGCAGCGCGCUCCUUAGAGACUGGGAUCUUUGGGGUCCUUUGGUGCUGUGUGUGUCACUUGCACUGAUGCUUCAGGGAGGGUCAGCAGACAGUAAAGAAGAUGGAGGUCCCCAGUUUGCUGAGGUCUUUGUUAUCAUCUGGUUUGGAGCAGUUGUCAUUACACUAAACUCAAAACUGCUUGGAGGAACCAUAUCUUUUUUUCAGAGCCUUUGUGUCCUGGGUUACUGUGUCCUGCCUCUGACAGUGGCUAUGCUCGUGUGCAGGCUGGUACUACUAGCAAGCUCGGGGACUGUCAGCUUCAUUGUGCGACUUGUUGUAGUGAUGGCUAUGUUUGGCUGGUCAACCCUAGCGUCCACAGCCUUUCUGGCAGACAGCCAGCCUCCAAAUCGCAAGGCUCUUGUUGUUUACCCCAUCUUCCUCUUCUACUUUGUUAUCAGCUGGAUGAUUCUCACCUUUACACAUCAGUGAUGAGGGAUCAACAGAGACUGCACAGAGAACUGGAAGUUUUCAUAAAUACUGCUGUUAAUUUGUGGGCUUUAUCUCCAAUGCAUAGAUCUUGCAUACUGUAAAAAAGCAGGCUAUGGGAUAAAGCCAGAGAGCUGAAGCAUUCAUCAUUUCUAAGAAUGAGAUAUACAAGGAGCCAGUUGCUCGAAAGAUACUGAAAUCCAGCUACUGAAUUUUAUUUAAUCCUGCUGUUUAGUAUAAAUAAAAAAUGCCCAGUCUGAGAAGAGAGGAAUGCAGACAAAGGAAGGCAGUUUCCAUGAGAAUGGAGAGGAUAAAAUCCUAUCUUGGAACUUCAAGAAGAUUGAUAACUGAAGACUAGGUAAUAACUGUCUGGCUUAGCAGAAUUCCCGUUCAUACUUGGAGUUCUCUUUAAAAUUGAAUAUUGCCCUAUGAAUAAUAGAACAUAUUUGCUGACCCAUGGGAAGAAGGGUAUCUAAAUCCUGACUCUUUCCUAGAUGUGCAAAGAGGUGAAAUCUAUACAAAGUGCAUCACGGGCAAAAAUACGCAUGUUUGCUCCAUUCGUUUCAUUGUCAGAGCAUGUCUGAAGGGAGCUGUUUCUGUUCACACUGAUGCAAACUGCUCUUGUGCACUUAUGCACUUCAGUCAUUUCAUGCGUGUUGGGAACAGUUCACAAACUAAAUGUCUCAAAUACUAGUUUGACACUAACUGAUCCAUACAAUUUCACAAGGAGAUGGUGUUUGCACUGGACACUUACAAAGUCCCCUUUGGUAACACAAAAUCAGAAUGUCAAAGUCCAGAGGAAGGCUUCAGAUUCUUUACUUUGAAGGUGAUGGCACUGAUUGCCCAGCUAUCACUCUACAACUUUUGAACAGAGAAUUGGGCAGUUGGAGAGCAGUGUACCAUCGCUGCAAUGCAUUCCUACUGAGUGAACUGAAUUUUUGGUACUUGAGACGUUUGCCGAUUAGCAUACAAAACAAGGACUCAAACCUGUUAUAUUUAGGAUGGAGGAAUGAAUUAAAUGGUCCAUAAGUGAAGGUGUUGGCUGCUCUGAACUAGUAUGGGGAUCUGGUGCUUAAUUGCUUAGAGUAACUUAUUGGUUGUUUAGAGGGAUGGCAUUUCCACAUAAAUGUUAGUAUUUUGUGCAUAUGGCUCCUGCUUUUGGUAGGGGGAAAUAAGAAACUUCUGUAUAUUUAGACUGAAUAUUUAUAAAAGGGGAUGGAAUCUUCCUUCAAAUAUGUGCUACGUGUACAUGCCUGUUCCACACCUGCAGAAGCUGAUACAGAUACACAAAGAUAACAUCUGGCAUAGGUACUCUUUGAGAGUCACACAGAGGUUAUUUGUGUGGCAUAGUAAGCAACACAUGAGGAGAGCUGCAAAACAUCAAAACUUGGGGUGGAGGUAGGGGGGAAAAAGUUGCUGUUCAAAUAUAUAGUUAAUUCUACAGAUGAACAUAAUUUCACGCUUUCUUAUGUAGUAGUAGAUGCAAAAUAGUCCUGAAAUUGACUAGUCAGAUCCUAUUUGAUGUAAAUAUACUUAGUUUUAUUUUUAAAUAUAAAGUGCAGAUCUCUUUCUAAACACUCGUAUACACACAUGUUUAGGAUCCCAAAUCACUGACUGUAGAUUGUAAGAAAUUGAUUUAUGUUUGGCGGGCACAAAGGGUGUGGAGAAAACUGAUUUAGUUACUCCCUGCGAAGACCUAUAGCUCCUGCUUCUUCCUGUCUGCAAUAGUUGAUAUCAGUGAGUUUGCGGAGCAGACAGCUUCAUUUACUGCCUUUCUUAUGCUAUAUUCAUUUGCUGCUGAGGGAGCUGUAAGUAUUCAGAUUAAAGUAUGCAUUUCAAGUAUGCAAUGGUGCAUUUUUAAGUUCAUACUCAAAUUGUUACUGAUAUGGGAUGUGAAAUGGCUUUGUAUAUUUGUUUUUAAAGCUGUGCAGUUCACCUUUUCAGUCCAGUUAAAUCAAGUGCACUUUAUAAGAUGUUAAAAACAAAUAUCUUAGGCAAGUGAAAAAGAUAGCAAAUCUGUUAGAUCAUUAAAAUUAGACUCUUUGGGUCCAGUUACUCAUUUCUCUACUCAAAUGAGUACUCUCAUCGAGAUCAAUGGCAUUGUUCAUAAGAGUAAGAAUUACAUAAUCAAAACCUAGUUGUGCACACUUUCCAGAAAGUCAAUCUUUUCUGAAAGAUUUUUUUUCCAGUGUCUCUUAUGAUUUAAACUGUUAGAUAUGAAUUUCUUUAAAAUAAAUAACGUAAUUUAUCAAUAUCUCCUUGAGAGGGGACAGUUGUCAGGAAAGAGGAGUUUUUAAUUUAAACUACAAAUGUUGUGAGAAGCAUGAUUUAAAAUCCUCUAUUCAUGCUUUAUUUUGUUUACUUCUGAGCUUCAAGGUGGCUUGUUCUAUGAGAAUUAAUAUAUUGCUCUUAGGUUAUGACUGGAGGAGGAGGGUUAUUUUUGUUGAUUUAAUCAUUUAAAAGUAGCCGUUAUAGGGUUUUUAGUCUACAGAGUUUUUAACGUGAAAAGGGGUAGGGGAAAACGUUCUGGUUAUACAGUGAAGGUGUAACUUUUGGCUGGUAGCAGGACUUCCUUUAGUGUGGAAACUGCUCCCUUUCAAAGCAGUAAAAUCUAUAAAUUCAGAUACACCUGCUUAGAAAGCAUAACUCCUUAAAGUCUAUAGCCGUGUACAACAGGAUGCAGGUGAGGAACUGUAUAUAUUCUGAAGUUUCAUGCUUCUAGUUGAAUAAACCAUUUUUUUUUUAAAACUAUCACUGCUUCUAGUUGCUACAGUUCAUUGUUUCAGUAAAUCCACCCAGCUGCACUAAAAUUCCCCUGUUGAUACCCGUGUAUUUCAAGUAUGCAAAAAAAAAAAAACCCCUU